ACCCAUACCCACAUAUUCUUACCAGGUUUUUCCAGCAGUCUUUGGAAAAUGUAAAAAUUCAUUUUGAGUAUGAUUACCCGCUUGCUGGUUUGGAUUCUGCAUUAUACCAGGCUGGGGCUGGAUUUCUUUGUUCUCCUUCCUGACUCUAUGGAGUGGCAAAGCAAGGAGUCAAACACUAAGCGCAGAGGCUCUGACUUUUCAAUUCUGCCUUACCCAAUCUCAAUUUACUCUCUCUCCCCGGGGAAGUUCUCAUCUAUGGCUGCCACAAAAAUGUUGAACCACGAUGAACAUUUCAGGCCAGAAAAAUUGAAAGAAUGGCCAGAGCCGGAGUCAGUUGCUUUAAUGGAGCAACUUGCAAGGAAAGACAUUGAUGCAGCUGUACAUGCAAUAUUAUUUAGAGAAAAUUAUGUUGUGAAGGUUAUGGCCCCACCAUUUUGUGACCCUCUGUUUAGAAGACGAGAGACAGAUGAAGAGAAGAGAGCUAAUUUUUCAUGUAAAACAGGAAAACUGCCAGGACAGCAACCAGGCCCAGGAGGAAAUAUCCACCAAAGUCUCGAAAGACAUACUUGUUUAGAAAAGAAAUAUCUGCCUGAUAAAGAGAAAAAGGCUACAGACUUAUGUCAGCCUGUUUUUGAAAGGCAGUUUCUGUCCUCAAAGCUCAGCCAGGAGAAUAAAAGGGAUGAAAGGAAGGGCCUGGUGAGCAGAGGUGUGGGGGAGCAGGGCUGGGGUGGCCCGGUUUUGCGCACCCACGAGGUAGCAGGCACUGAUUCCAGUAUCUGGGCUGCCAAAGGAUCCCUCCCUCUCGAUGGGCUCCCAAGGGCACAGGAGGCAGUAGCCAAAGAGGGAGCGUGAAAGAGGAGGCGGAGGUGGUGGGGUUGCCUCUGGGCCCAGGGCUGCUGCACAGGCAGGCCACCCCUCAGCAGGUGAGCCUGGUGCAGACUCAAAAGGAGCGUAUUGUGGUACCCUGGACCCCAUUUUGGGGGACAGAUUGUGUCCUGACAAGGUAAGGGAAAGCCUGGCCAGAGGGCAUCUGCUCUAAGAUGUCCUUAGCUCUUUUUCCUGAGUUUUUACUCUUCUGCCAUUUUUGCUACCAUUUACUAUUUGUUACAUCCAAACCAGACCAAAACUUUUGCUGAGUCACAAUAGGUGGGAAUCUUCUGAAAUGAAAUUUAUACUAAAAGAAAAAUAGGGCACAAUGACAGUUUAGAUGUGUAAAAUGUAUUUUAUGUGCAGGAAUUUUCUGUGCACAGAUUUCUUAUCCAGAGCUCACAGCCUGAUCGGCACAAUUUACAGUUCAUGGUCUAUUUGCCUCCCCUUCCAUCCUUUCUCCCACACCCUCUAUCCUAACACUGGAGGCUUUGGAUGUUCCAGGGAAGGUGUCCUGGCAGGUGAUAGGGGCCAAGCUGUCUUGAGUGCACAGUGGAUCUUUGCAUCUCUCCUUUCAUCAGCCGUGUGGCCCCUCACUCCGCCACACACAUAGGACAAGGGGCUCUUUCUUUUCUCUAGCUUGAAAACUUUGUUAGACAUUUUGUGACCCAACUUCUACCCAAUUCCACAGUUCUCCUCAGUCUCUCCAGAGAAAAACAGACUUACCUUCAAUGGUAAGUCACCUCCUUCCUCAGCAGUUUCCCCUGGGCAUCACUUAUCCGAGAGGGGUGCCCCUUGCUCAGAUCUGCACAGGACUGUUGUCAGCUCCGCCCUCUGGCAGGAUAGCCCGACUGUGGUUACCAAGAGAUCCGAGUGGGGUUUACACACAGUGGAGGGUGAUUUUUCACUCCUGCCCCAGCACUGGGUGGGUGGUCAGUGGGCAGGCUGUCCCUCUCCCAUGCAGUCUUCCAGGACUCUGGCUCAUGGAACCUUUGUCGUCUUCAGCACCUGGCACCCCAGGCUGCCCUGGGGAACUCAUUCCUGCCAACCUGAUCACGAAGUUGUGUCCUGGGACUGCAGGGUUGGGGGGCAGAGGGACGGGUCUGGCAUACUCCAUUGGCGAGGACCCUGUCAUGGGGCUGUGCCCAACUGGGGGACCAGGGUGAUGGGAAAAUAGUCCCUGGCUGGUCUGAGCACAGUGGCAGGGAAAGCAAGCAUUUUGUGGACAGCUAGUCAUCUCUGCCCUACCAUAGAAUGGUUAGUACUGUGUGGGGUCCAAAGACACAGAAUGCCUUGUUUGAGAGGUAGAGUGAGAGUGGGGUUAAGAGAUGGCUGGUCAGGAAGCUGCUGGAAGGUCUGAGCAGGAGGAUUGGGUCUGAUGGGAGCUGCAGGACAUCCUCUUGCCCCUGUGAGCCCCUCUCCCCUACGUGACACUCAGCUCUUCUCUUCUGUCAGUAGGUCCUAGGACCCCACAGUGCAGACCCUGCUCCCGGGCAGCUGGGGACGGCCAGCAGAGAUGGGGUCACAGCCCGUGGGGAGGAGAGUGAGGCGAGCAGAGGUCUUGGUGCAGCACCUGGCCUCCCUGCAGCUGGGCAUCCAGUGAGGCGGCCAGGAGCUGGACCAGC